AUGGCGUCUCGUGUUCUUCGAGUGGCGGCAGCCCAGAUGGGGUCGACACAUUAUAGUGACGCCCGGACUAAGACGAUGGAUCGGAUGUUGGCACUUCUCGAAAGCGCCGCCACCAAAGGAGCACAGCUUGUUCUGUUUCCUGAAACUGCUUUCACAACCUUCUUUCCUCGACAUGUCAUCAACGACCCGGUAGAGCUCGACUCUUUCUUCGAACAUGGCGACAUCACAACGCAACCCCAGACUAAACCGCUGUUUGACAAGGCCAAGGAACUCGGAGUCGACGUAUCAGUCGGCUUUGCCGAAAAGGCCGACAACGGCGAAACAUUCAAUUCUUGCAUCUACUACCACGCAAAGACAGGCUCGAUCCUUUCAAAGUAUAGGAAAAUCCACCUCCCUGGAGACUUUGAGCCGUUCGCAGACCCAGAGGCCACCAACCAACUGGAGAAGCGGUACUUCAAGCCUGGGGAUUUGGGCUUCAAUGCAUUCCGUGUGCCUGACCUCAUGGAAUCGACCAAAGAACGAGGAGAACCCAUCUUUGGCAUGAUGAUAUGCAACGACAGACGUUGGGCCGAGAGCUGGCGGGUUCUCGGCUUGCAAGGUGUUGAAGUCGUGCUCUGCGGCUAUAACACGGCCGGAUUCGCGCCUCUCCUCUGGGGAUCGAGCGCCAGCAUGGACCCGGAUGAGGCGCGCAAGACGGCCCUGUUCCACCACAAGCUGGUCAUGCAAGCCCACAGCUAUACAAAUGCAUGCUUCAGUAUCAGUGCAGCUAGGUGCGGUCUCGACGAUGGGAAGUAUGACCUCAUUGGCGGCAGCUGCAUCACAGGGCCCGAGGGUGAGCUCAUCGCCGAGGCGUCCACGACGGGGGAUGAGGUUGUCUACGCGGAAAUCAACCUAGAUGAAUGCCGUCCAGGCAAAGAACGCGUCUUCGACUUUGGAAGACACCGACGUGUUGAGCACUAUGGACGCAUCACGGAACAGACGGGUGUUGUGGAGCCUCCCAGGCUAUCGGUCAACAACGGACAUGGUCCGGCAAACGGUUCUGAGGGGGCCCCUACGGCCGUGAGCAAGAAGAUCCGCAUCCUCCUGAUCAACCCCAACAGCACACGGGCAAUGACGGACGCCUGCGUCGCCAUGGUGGAGAGUCAGCUACCCCCAGAUGUAAUUGUCACGGGCUUCACCGCACCGAGACCUUCCCCGUCGGCGAUUGAAGGCAGCUUCGAUAAUGUCAUGUCGGCCGCUGCGGCCGCGCGAGCGGUUCUCCCUCUCGCAUCUACGCACGACGCAGUCCUGGUGGCCUGCUACUCGGACCACGCCCUCAUCCGCAUGCUUCGGGAGGAACUUCCCCGUCAGCCUGUCAUCGGCAUCAUGGAAGCGUCGCUCUUCGCAGCCCGGACCCUUGGUGGGCGGUUUGGGCUCGUUGCGGUGAGCGAGCGGUCUCGGGUGUUGCACGAAGACAGCAUUCAUCACUAUGGGUUCUCCACCUCCUGUGCCGGUGUCAUCUCCUGCAAGCUCGGGGUGUUGGACCUUCACGAGAAAAGCCAGGGUGAGGUGAUGGGCAUCAUGGCCAACGUCGGGAAACGCCUGGUUGAGGAGAAAGGGGCCGACGUGCUGCUGCUCGGCUGUGCGGGUAUGACACCGCUCAAGGGUGCCGUUGAAGCGGCUGUCGGUGAAGAUGUGCAGGUAGUCGACGGCGUGCUGGCCGGGGUGCAUCACUUGGUGGGACUUGUAAGGAUGGGAGGCCGGACGGCGAAGAGCGGCGUGUACAAAAGCUCCGGUGACGGACGCAAAGCAAGGGAUCAAGAUUGGAUCUAA